CAUAUAGUUAGGGGAGUAGCUCGGCCUUAGUAAAGAAUGAAGAUGAAGAAUGGCGGUGAAGAUCUCCAGCCGGUCGUCAGUCGGUGGUCAACCGUCUUGGGGUAGAGGCGAGGUGCGUCAUACGCUCCUCCAUUGCUCCACGACAAUCGUACGUGCGCCUUCAAAACGCGAGAUUAAAUCGACCGAUAAUUCAUCGAAAUCCUGCACAUCACGUCGAUAUUAUUGAAUUAAUUUUUCGGCGUGAUUGAUCGAGGUGUUUCGAUUUUUUGAACAAUGUGAGGACCAAAAAUUAAGGUCAAUGUUCUGCGGCUGAAAGUGUCCCACGGUGACCAGAGACUCGAUAAUAUUUCAGACGAGAAUUAAUUAAUAACUCGUCUGAGUGGCUCCGGAGAUCAACGUACUCUGUGCACUUUUAUUCAUUCAAUCCGGUCCUCAGUUUUCCUAUUUCAUCAGUGAAGCAUCAGCUCAGGAGGACGAGGACUUCCGGACGAUCAGCUGAUUGCUCUUGAAAAUCGUUAAAAUGCGACUGAUAAUUUUUUGACGGAUUAAAGUCAAACAAACUCAAAAGUUAAUUCAUCAUUCAGUGGAUACAAACGUCAGUGUUUACCGUGACAUUGAAGUGGAUAAAACGAGAGAAUGCGACAACCCCCCACACGCGUACCGCAUAAAUUACAACAGCAGUAUUACGCAUAAAUCAACAAACAUUAUAUUCCCUUGUCGAUUCAAUCCCUCGUACAGUUAAUGUCCUUUUGUUCGGGUUAAUGGUAAAACGUCGGUGAAGGAUAUGACGUGACUCGACGUCUGCCCCCUGAAAUUGGAGUUGAGGGGUCCACAAGGAGAGGAAAUCUCUCGUUCACUGUGAAUAUGAAAUGUUUUUGUGAAUUGAACCUGUAAAAGUUAUUAAUAUUUAAUUUUUAAAAUGGCAUCGAUGUGCGGCAGCAGCAAGAGCCACCCGGCAUUAUCGGCCAGCAGUUACUACCGGUCUGGGCCGUAUCCCUAUCAGAAUGAUUAUUAUCUGCCAGGCAGACCAGCGUGGUCGAGAGUGCCUCCGCACUCUUCCAAAAAGAGUCACAGAAAUGUCAAGUGGAAAAUGGACAGUGCACUGCUUAUUGUUGCUGCAAUUAUUGUUCUCUUCGCAGUAUUGGCUAUUGCAGGACUUGCCCUGUGGCUGGGAGGCAUGCGAUCGGAUCCAAAAAAUUCUAUGCUCGUGUUCUCCUGCAGUCUUCGAGUCGCUCGGGGCGAAAAGUAUAAUCCCAUGCUCAAGCUAAAUACAAGUGGUGUCUUUCGUGAAAAGGAACGCAAAUACAAGACCAUUUUCGAAUCCCUGUUCAGAAGAAGUGUCCUUGGGCCCUCUUACAAGCACACAGUCAUAGACAGAUUCGAGAAUGGCACGCUCAAGGUUUUCUUCAGGUUGUACCUGGACAGGAGGAAGAUACCUCGUAUAAUCAGCAAUGUCGAGGACACCAUACAAGAUAUUAUUGCUAAAGAAACUUACUCGGAGUCUUCUGUCUUCCAGGAUAUGGAGCUUGAUCUAACUAGCCUAACAGUUCGUAGACUGAACACAGAGACCUCCGAGCGCUUGCAGAAGCCAUCAAUCUCCCAACAACGAAACACAAUGAUAACCAAGAACGGUGUAAUGCGUCCCCCAAAUCGUACAAAUCUGCUCACGAGUCCCCGAACGAAGCCAAAACCUUCCCGAAUCGAACCAAACGAGGAGAACAUCGAUCUCAGCAACAUUCCAACCAUUCAGGGCACAUACCAGGCGACCAAAGUUAACACAACGACCCGCGGCACCCAGAAGACCGAGACAAAGAUAGCAUCGGGUGCGAUAAGCAUAAAAUCAGAGUCCCCACCUACCCCCACCCCCGAUGCCCCUCAACAACCAAAAAAAACCAUUACACCUGCACCAAACAGACUCCACUCGCCCCCUAAUAUCGAGAAGAUUGAUGAGAUCGAAUUGACUGGCGCAACAGUGACACUGAAAAUUCCAGAGUCGACGAGUCCAUCAGCUGUCACUAUUCCAAAGACAUCGACAACAGAAGCUAAUGACCCUUUCAAGGUCUUCCCUAAGCCGGAGUUUGAGGACUCCCCUUGGAGGCCGAUAAUACCGACAUAUCUGAAUGCAGACCUGAAACUUCCAUCACAAAUCACCCCAGUCCCCCCGGAAUUACGAGUAAAUCCGAGCACACAAGUGGCCGCAGAGACGGAUCACCGCAUCCAAUACGGAAUUGCUAACGCGAAUCCCUCAAAGUUAUCGAACAUCGAGGCUAUUUCCCUGACGACUGGGUCUCCAACUGGGGACAUAGAGUUGAGUCUCCCUUCGGUCAGCCUGAGUCCCCUGGACAGUGACUUCGAUUUCCCCCACGAUCGCAUCGUCCCCGAGGAGAUGGUCAAUUUUCGCCCGAAUGGUAAAUUCAAAAACAAGAUUCCAGUUGUAGACGAGAUCGACAUGAGGCCGGAGCUCGAAAUUUCCGGGCAUUUACCCGAGGAGACAUUUGAUCUUCAUUUGGGAACAGCCUCCAUCCCCUCGAGACCCCCAAAUAUCCCCCCGGUCUUCCCACCGACGAGUCCCCCGGUCGCUCCAGAAAUUAUAAAAACAGGCUUUCAACCUCAGAGAGUAAAGCCCAUCCUCACAUCAACAGAGAAAACCGAUGGAACACCCAUAGUACUAUUCCCUGACCGACCCGGACCUAUGAAAAUCUCGGGUAUUGGGGUAGCCGAGCCAGUAUUGGAUCUGGAGAUUGAUCUAGAGUCGAGAAAUAAAUUCUCGAGCAUUCUACCAGCUGAUCCCCCCGUCGAAAAAAUCAUGACAGAUCGAAAAGUCGAUCAACAACUCGUAUCCCCGGUUUAUACCAGUUACAGAACCCCAGAUUUGAAUGGAGGCGCUAAGCCCAGUCUUAUCGACAAUCCCGGGACUCUAAAGCCAUUUAAGCACACAAUCCCUGUUGAUAAAAUUAACCCGGCAAUCGAUGAUCCAACGAGUCUAGCGUUUAAUCCCGAAGCUGUGAAUAUAAUGAGAGACUCGAUAAAAACGGAGAGUCCAGUAGGUCUUCUCCGAAUUCCAGAAGAAUCAACGAAUUUUCCUGAAAUGUCUGACGAGUCCUCAACAGUACCUCCUACAAUCACUACGGAAGACGAUAAAAACGACGAAAUUUCCGAACCAACCACAGUAAGAAUUAUUUCCACAACUCUUCCUGAACUGGAAAUAAUCCACGAGAAAGUGAUUCCCAAGCCGUCGACCCAAAUCCCCCCAUUAUCUGACAGUUUCCCGCGAAAUUCGACCUUCAUCGCAGUAGAUACAGUCGAAUAUAGGCCAGACAACCCUGAAAUCCAGCCGGAAUCCUCCAUCUGGACGGCGACCAAUGACACAUCUUCCGAGCCUAGUCAAAAGACCUACAACGACACCCUAAACGCAAACAUAGUGAAAAACAUUGUGACCUUGGGUCCAGUAAAGAGCAAUACAGGAGUGGGCCGUCCAAUUCGUCCCAGGCCCAAAAUCGACAAAGAUAAGGUGACACGAGUGCUGGAGAAAUCGCAGCAGUCCCAGAACGUCAGUCUAACAGAUGAGGAACUGUUGAAGAAGCUGUUCGGCCUGCAGGAGCUCAUCAGAGAGUCCUCCAAGGAUCCAAACACUCCCGUCGACGGAAAUCGAGCGAUUGAGAGCAUCGUGGAGGUGGUAACUUCAGUCAGCACUAGAGUCUCCACCAAGGUUCGGACGGACAAAGUUGUCCUGAGCUUCGACGUCACGAAUUCAACGUCAGCCCCAGUUACGAGUGAUCCACCUGGUGAGUAUGAGGAUAGCGCGAACGUCGAGGAGAACCGAUCCUUCCAGGGGAUGGUAAACGGGGGAUUGUUGGACUCGAAGUUGUUCGUUUGGGGAAAUGAGAAGGCUGAGGUUCCUGGACCCCUGCAACCAGUCGAUCGGAGGAUCUCCACAGCUGAGGAGAAAGAGGCCCUGUUAGAGCAGUUGAAACAGUUUGCGGAGGUCAGAGCUGGCGAUGACCUGGGAUCCAAGAAGAGAAACACAACGAAAUCAGCGGCAUUGGCAGGACCGCAGAGUUCAGAAGAAACGGAGAGUUCUUUUUCUGGGAAUUUUGAUGAACUGAAGAAACUGGCGGCUGUUGUCACUGGAAACAAGACCAUCAGGCCAAUAUCGUCUACUAUACCUACGACACUGAGUAGAGAUGGGGUCGAGGUGCUGACGAAAAUACUUCACAAGGUUGGGGAGAAGUCAAACCGACUUAUUCUGACCACUGAGAAACCAGAGGUCAAUGAGACGGAGUGCAAGGGGUUCCUCUGCAACGAUAACAAGUGUCUACCAUCAGCUGGACGCUGCAAUAUGCUGGGGGAGUGCUCCAAUUCGGAGGACGAAGCUAAUUGCACAUGUGCUGAUUUUCUCAGGGCACAGCAACGUGAGCAGAAGAUCUGCGAUGGUGUACCAGACUGUUGGGAUUACUCAGACGAAACCCACUGCGAUUGGUGCACGGACGGUCAGUUUGUCUGUGGUAACAGCCGAUUCUGUAUUGAUCAGACUAAGGUAUGCGAUGGUUAUCGAGAUUGUCCGGGGGGUGAGGACGAGAAGAAAUGCGCCGCACUGAUUGAGGAUGAAGAGGAAGAGAUGGAAAAAAGGGAAUCAAUGGAUAUGGUUAACGAGGAGAAGAAUGUGAAUGAGAGAAUGGUAUCGAAACCCUUAAUCAGGGAGGGAAUGGAAUACAUGGAGGACAUGAAACAUUCAGACGAUCAAUUAGCAUCGGAGACAGCUGCUUCAGAGACGACAACGUUGAGAGUUGUUAGUGGUGAAAUAAUCACGAAGGAGAAGAAAAGUUAUGAUGCAUUUGGGGGGAAGGGCCCGAAGGUCUUCGGGAGGGAAGUCACUUCAAAUUCUAAAAACGAUUUGGGUGAUUCCCAGAAGUCCUCGUUUCACGUAACCAGUGGCAUUGGAAUUAUGAUGGGGAAAACUGAUGUGAGACAAGAAAUCAAUGCGUAUCGAGACAGAGGAUUCCUUAGUAUCAGGAGAAAUGGAAAGUGGGGAAAAUUGUGCUUGAAUGGAACUGAUAAUUUGCUGGAGGAUAGGAGAACCUCGUGGACUAUCGAGGAUCUGGGGAGAGCUUUCUGCAAGGCGAUAACUUAUCAGGAUUAUGAGAAAGUAGAGAAAAUAACUGAGGAGGGGAAGGAUGAGGGUAGAGUUUACUACAGUCUGUUUUUGAACGACAGGAAUUCUGAUAAAGCGAGCCUCACGUUUAGGGCUUCCGACUGCCCUAGUAGGGAGGUCUUGAGGGUCAAAUGCAAAAAUUUGGAGUGCGGGAUUAGAACACAGACUACGUCACAAGCUCGCCCCCUUAUCAAUCGUCACUCCAGAAUUGUGGGGGGUGGCAGUUCAACGGCGGGAAGUUGGCCCUGGCAAGUGGCACUUUACAAAGAGGGCGAUUAUCAGUGCGGCGGAGCUUUAAUCAAUGACAAAUGGGUCCUUUCAGCGGCCCACUGCUUCUACCACACGCAGAACGAGUACUGGGUAGCUAGAAUCGGUGCAACUCGAAAGGGCAAUUUUCCGAGUCCACACGAGCAAAUUUUACCACUGGACCAUGUAAUUCUCCAUCCGGAGUAUGUUGACAAUGGCUAUAUCAAUGAUGUGGCUGUUCUGCGACUCGAGAAACCGGUUACGUUUAGUGAUUAUGUCAGGCCGAUUUGUCUGCCUGAUAGGGAACCCAAGAGUGGAACAAGCUGCACUGUUACUGGUUGGGGACAGCUGUACGAAAUUGGCAGAAUAUUUCCUGAUACUCUACAAGAAGUUGAAUUACCACUGAUUUCGACUGAGGAGUGCCGAAGAAAAACUCUGUUCCUCCCUUUGUACAGAAUAACAUCGGGGAUGUUAUGUGCAGGACUGAAAGACGGCGGAAGGGAUGCCUGCAUGGGUGACAGUGGUGGACCACUGGUUUGUCAAGGAACCGACAACAGAUAUAUUUUGCAAGGAAUUACCUCAAACGGCUAUGGUUGUGCAAGACCAGGCAGACCCGGUGUCUACACCAAAGUCCAUCACUAUCUCCCCUGGAUAGAGCGUACGAUAUCAUCAAAUGAUUUUCCGUCCUCAAUACCAACGUGCAAAGGUCACCGUUGUCCCCUGGGCGAAUGCCUUCCAAAAUCCCGCAUUUGCAAUGGCUUCCUCGAGUGCUCCGACGGUAGCGACGAACGAGACUGUAAAUUUAAAUAAAUUUAUCAUUUGUAUUAUGAAGAGUUAUACCUCGGCGUUCAUAUGAAGUAAAUACACCGAUGAACGUGAACUGCAUGAGGAUAUGUUCAUUAUCAAGAGGAAUAUUGAACGUUUAAUCGUUUGUGCAAUACGUAGACAUUUAAAUCAUAAGACUGGCAUAAACCUACGUGCCCUUCUAUUCAAUGCAGCAGGGAAGCGCCCAGCAGCUCGUGUAGAGCUUCCUCCUGUUCUCAGGACUAUGUCUGAAUCUAGGAGAUGGUACACACUUCGGUCAGACAUCUUUUCUCGAGCUAUCACUUAAAGCGAUAAAAAGGGCCGAAAAAAAUAUCUGCCCCUGGAAUUCUGAAGUAUUUAUUGGACAUGAACAUUGGGAAGAAAUUAAUUUGAAGCGCUUGACCCAGUAUUUGCUGAAUGGUCAUUGAAGAACUCUGGGUGUGCAUACGUCAUCACAGUUUAUAUUUAUACCAUUGAUGAUAACAUAAGUAAUUUAAUAAUAGCAGGAAAUUUAAAGUAGUUGAAAAAUUAAUGUAUCAUUAUUUGUGAUAACUUUUGUAUGUGGUAUUACUAAUGGAAAUUAAUACCUGUCUCGCUGGUUUUUAUGAACAAAAAUCACUGAGUCACGUCUGCGUAAUUUCCUCAUUGUUUAUUUUAAUUUCACGAUCUUGUCUCAUUUUAUUAUUUUUGUAUAUAUAAACGUGGUAAAUGAAAAAUAAAUAUUUGUAGUAAAAAGGA